CGUGUGCGACAACACAUUUUCCGUGCCGCAUUAGUUUGGCUAAUUUUUGUCGGUUAGUUCUGCAGCUAGGCCGUUUAAAACGGAAAUUUAGCUUAGAGUACGCUUGUUGUUAGAUAUUUAUCUGUUCACAAGCAUUGGCAGCGGCCAGUGAGAAGAAAACUGUCCAAGGCGGUCUACUCGCACCUCAACAACACGCGCCGGAAGAACCGGAAGAAGGCAAUAGUUGAUCAAAGCAUCCUAAGUUCGUUGAUAGUUUAAGUUACGAUAAAACAGUUGAACGUAGGAGUCGUUCGUAAAAUAGUUGAUCAACGACCCUUGAGUUAAUACAGAUCGAAAUCUACGUAAACCGUAAAAAAGGAAACUAGCUAGAGAUCCCCAGCCGGUCUGCCCAUCGGUAAAAAAAACCACAAUCAACUAUCCAACCAAGCAAAACACGCUACAAUGAGCGAAAGCGUGCCAGCGGGAACGUCGUCUACAGCGUCAGCCAACGUAUCCUCCAAUGCAGAAGAAAAUGCACGAAAGGUGCAAAGCUAUAAGGACAAUCUUAUCAACCGUGCCGAAGUACUAAUCACAAAAGAGUUCCCUGAACGCAUACUGCGCCUGAACGCUUUACUAGAUACGCCCAAGUUUUCCGAACGUAGUUUCACUGAUGUUCACCAGGAUCUGAACAUUCCAGUACCGGAGCCAAUUCUGCUCGACGGCGACAGCACUGCUGAAGAUGAUCUUCCUGCUAAGCGCGCUCGGAUGAACUCGAACAAUGUUGCUGAAUCCGGCGGUGGCACCAAGGUUCAUGCCCUACCAAUGGGGCGCGUCGAGUGCAACAAAGAGAUCAGCGAGCUUGUCUUCAUAGUGAAGCCGAUCAUACGAUCCCUAGUGGAGGACUCCAAUCUGCUUAAAAUGUGGAUCUCUUUUAUGAUACCGAAGAUCGAAGAUGGCAAUAAUUUCGGGGUUUCCAUCCAGGAGGACACGCUGGCGGAAAUACAGUCGGUAGAAACGGAGGCGGCGGCCUUCUUCGACCAGAUAUCGCGGUAUUUUGUGUCGCGUGCCAAGGUCGUCUCGAAGGUGGCCAAGUAUCCGCACAUUGAGGACUACCGUCGGGCGGUGGCGGAAUUGGACGAGAAAGAGUUCCUGAGCCUCUGGCUGGUGCUGAGUGAGGUCCGAAAUCGCUAUUGCUCGCUGCACGACAUUGUCAUAAAAAAUAUGGAAAAGCUUAAAAAGCCGCGCUCGUCGAACGCAGAGAGUUUGUACUGAGCCCACGCGAACAUUGUUCUUGUACUCUCAAAUUUACUUUAUUUCUCUCAAAUUAAUUUUUCCAACGUUUGCCUCCGUACACAUACACUUUUCCCAAUUGAGGACCAUACCUUACUACCAGCUCAAAGUUCUGUGAACGCGCCGAGAAAAACCGGGUCAUCCAUGCAGAGCAUGCUUCUACGCAGACUAUUGACUAUCUAAGUAAUGAUAAAUAUACUACUAAUGAAUUUCAUGUAAUGCCAGUUCGGCAAUUACUUUAACCAACCAAUCGAACAAUCGAGGAGGAAGCUAAGGAUAGGGCAAACAGUGUUCCAACCUGGUUCACAAAAUUUGUACAAUUUCCGUUACGCCAACCAUCAUCAGUCAGAUGAGUCCCCUGGUCAGACUUUUUAGGCACCCACCACGGUUAUGGUUAGUUGUGUGUUGGCAAAAUAAAUAUGGUGUAGCGCGCUGGUACCCGAAAAAUGUCAUCGAUAGGCGAUCUUUGACGUACGAUGUGUUAGAAGUCUUCUAUCCUUUCCAUAUUUCGGUUUUCAUUUUAAUUUUCCGCGCUGUUCACUUCGUAAGAAUUCACUGAUACAAUAAAAUAUGAAGAAAGACAAAAGA